AUGGAUCAACUAGGAAAUCCAAACUCUUUAUUAGAUAAUAAAAAUAACGACAAUAAUAGUGUCGUUACAACAAAUACAUCAAUACAAAAAAAUAGAUUUCCAUCACUGGCAUCUUUAUCAAAAGAUCAAAAGGCUUUAAUAUCUAUCACAGGCUCACAUGGAACCGAUAUAAUUGGAUGUGUACUAGAAUGCAUGGCUAAACAUGAUUAUGUAAUUGAAGAUUUCAAUUUAUCCAGACUUUACCAUAAUGUCACAUUCAGUGUUCUGACCACUCUAAAACGUGAGAAUGCAGAAGAAUUAUUUAAUGAUGUUUCUGAUGCAGCUAAAAAAUGGGAUGCUAGUUUAGCUAUCGAUUUACAAAAUUUUUCUGGUGAUCAAGAUAAACCACCAAUAUCAUUGGAAGAUGCUCCAUAUGGCAAUCGAGUUAAAUAUGCUGCAACCAUUCUAAAUCAGAAUGGACUUGCAACAAAAUUUAUGAAUGAAUGGACAAAGUUAUUACUACGAGAGAAAAUAUCUGUAGAAAAAAUGCAAAGAUUAAAUGAAGGAAGAAUGUUAUCUUGUGCUGAUUAUAAACUUUCGGUACCUUUAGAAACUGAUUUCGAUAGAUUGAGACGAGACCUUUUUCAAUUAAGUAGAAGUUAUUACACUGAUGUUGCGCUUCAACCUUAUGAUAUAUUUAGAAGACAUAAAAGGUUGGUGGUGUUUGAUAUGGAUUCUACGUUAAUUCAACAAGAAGUAAUUGAUGAAAUUGCUAGGCUGGCUGGUGUUGUAAAUGAUGUAGCAGAGUCAUUAAAACGACGUGUCUUAUUAUUAAAAGGAACAUCUGUUGAUGUUAUAGAGAUUGUCAAGAAAAAUCUUACUUUUACAGAAGGUGCACAUUUUCUUUGUAAAAUACUAAAAAAAAUAGGAUUCAAACUUGCUGUAAUUUCUGGAUUUAUUCCACUGGCAAAUUAUGUAAAAAGUGAACUUGGAUUAGAUUAUGCUUUUGCAAACGAGUUAAAAGUAUCACCUGAUGGUUUAACGUUGACUGGUGAAACAAUUGGGCCGAUAAUUGAUGGGCAACGCAAGGCAGAAUUAUUGGAAGUGAUAGCUCAAGCUGAAGGUGUUGCGUUGAAUCAAGUUAUUGCUAUUGGUGAUGGUGCAAAUGACUUAUGGAUGUUGUCUAAAGCUGGUUUAGGUAUUGCAUUUAAUGCAAAACCACGAGUUCAAGAAAAGGCUAGUACUAGAAUCAAUCAAAGAAGUUUAAAGUAUGUGCUAUAUUUAUUAGGAUAUACAGAUGAAGAUGCCAAACAAUUGUAUUCCACUGAUAAUUGA